UGAAGCCCAAUUGAUGAAUUGGCGAGGCCCAUAUACGAAUGUGGGCCUAUAAAUAUAACCCUAAUCAAAUCCACACUUUCCGCUGCUUUCUUCUUCUUCUUCUUCAACUGAAAAUUCCCGCUAUUUGAGAAAAACGCAGAACAAGAAUAAGCUUCUCCAUCAUCCAUCUUACUGUUGAAGUUCCAGUUCCACACACUCGUCUUUACAAUCACCAACGCAUUCAACUUCAAUGCACUGAUAAUCCAUACAUAACCAGCAAUGGAAGCUAACCGAAGACGAGUGUUCACACGCAGAAAGCCUCUCUCCGAUUGCACCAACACUCAGUCUUCUCCCUCCUCUGUUCCUCUCAAAACUUCCAAAUCCAAACCUUCUUCUUCUUCUUCGGCAAUCAAUAAAGCUCCCACUAAAUGCACAUCUGCUACGGCGAAUCUCGGUAAUGCCCCAAACCCUAGUUCCCCUUCACCGCCCAAUCUUUCCACGCCUUCGGUCAAAACACCUCCUUCCUUCGCUCUUCCAAACAGAUCCUUAAUCAGUGUGUUAUUCCCUCGUUUUUUUAUUUCAGGGAUUGUUGAUGUUAAAGCUUCUCCGCCUAUUUCAGUAGUCUUCAGCCGAAGACAUUGUUCGAAGAAAAGAAGGAAGGAUAAAGGGAAGGAAGUGGGUGUUCCUGUUAGUAGCUCACCCAUUUUAAAUAUCUCUAAUAAUAGGGAGACAAGUGAUGGAUUUGAAAGUGAGAACUUACCCAAGGCCAAGGCAUUGACAGUUCCUUGUGCGAAGAAACAACGUGCUAUGUCAUCUGAAGAUGUGUUCAAUGAUCCCUUCAAGGAUCCCCAGGUGCAAGAUUUUAUUGAAGAACAGAAACCCUACUUUAAAAUGAUUGAUGAAUUUGAACUGUUAGAGGAGGAGGUUGAAUCUAGUGAUGAGUUAGAUUAAGUGGAAGAGAUGUAAUAUAGCUGUAAAUAGCAGCUUGAAACUUCUUAGUUUUGGUAGAUUGUAUAGUUGUGAUGUAAUAGUUUUCACAAUAAAGGAAAUAUCUCAGUGCCAUCUUUCUGAUCAAGGUUAAAAAUGCUAGUUCUUAAAAAUCUUUUGUAAUAUGCUAAUGGGAAUAAUCAAGGUUAAAAUUGUUUAGCCUUAACACAUUAAUUGUCCUUGGAGAUUCUUUCUUAUCCCUCGUAA